AUGCGCGAGCAGAUCGCUGGCUUGGGUCCCUGGCUCAGCCCAUCCAUUCACAGUCUGUACGUGUGCCUGCCAGCCUCAUCUGGUGGGAAUAACACCGCACCGGCCGGGUUAGGCCCCCGUGUCGUGAAAGCUCGCUUCAUGCCCACGGAUGACAGAGCGCGGGUGGGGCCCGGGAAUCUGUAUUUAGAAGCCUCUCGGCUGAUUCAGAUGCCCAGUCAGGCCGCCCAACUGGCCCGGCACGGCGCCCCACGGCCGCCUUACAUAACGGGCCGCGGAGCCGCGCUCUCGCGAGAUUUCCUCGCCGCCCCCCCACCCCUCCUCUUUCCACGUCAGAAGGGACCGGGCGGAGCGGCCAACAUGGCGGAGCGCAGGCGACACAAGAAGCGGAUCCAGGAAGUUGGUGAACCCUCUAAAGAAGAAAAGGCUGUAGCCAAAUACCUUCGAUUCAACUGUCCAACAAAGUCCACCAAUAUGAUGGGUCAUCGGGUUGAUUACUUUAUUGCUUCAAAAGCAGUGGAUUGCCUUUUGGAUUCAAAAUGGGCAAAGGCCAAAAAAGGAGAAGAAGCUUUAUUUACAAACAGGGAGUCUGUGGUUGACUAUUGCAACAGGCUUUUAAAGAAACAGUUUUUCCAUCGGGCACUAAAAGUAAUGAAAAUGAAGUAUGAUAAAGAUAUAAAGAAAGAAAAAGAUAAAGGAAAAUCUGAGAGCGGGAAAGAAGAAGAUAAAAAGAGCAAGAAAGAAAGUAUAAAGGAAGAAAAGACAAAAAAAGAAAAAGAGAAAAAAAAAGAUGGUGAAAAGGAAGAAUCCAAAAAGGAGGAAACUCCAGGAACUCCCAAAAAGAAGGAAACCAAGAAAAAAUUUAAGCUUGAGCCACAUGAUGAUCAAGUUUUUCUGGAUGGAAAUGAGGUUUAUGUUUGGAUCUAUGACCCAGUUCACAUUAAAACAUUUGUCAUGGGAUUAAUUCUGGUGAUUGCAGUCAUAGCAGCCACCCUCUUUCCUCUCUGGCCAGCGGAAAUGCGAGUAGGUGUUUAUUACCUCAGUGUGGGUGCAGGCUGUUUUGUAGCCAGCAUCCUUCUGCUUGCUGUGGCUCGUUGCAUUCUGUUCCUCAUCAUUUGGCUGAUAACUGGAGGAAGGCACCACUUCUGGUUCUUGCCAAAUCUGACUGCUGACGUGGGCUUCAUUGACUCCUUCAGGCCUCUGUAUACGCAUGAAUACAAAGGACCAAAAACAGACUUAAAGAAAGACGAGAAAUCAGAAACCAAAAAGCAACAGAAGUCUGACAGUGAGGAAAAAUCAGACAGUGAGAAGAAGGAAGAUGAAGAAGGGAAAGGAGGACCAGGGCAGCCGGGAACUGAAGGCUCAGGGGGGGAGCGUCAUUCAGACACAGAUAGUGACAGGAGGGAGGAUGACCGAUCCCAGCACAGUAGUGGAAACGGGAAUGAUUUUGAAAUGAUCACAAAAGAGGAACUGGAGCAGCAAACAGAUGAUGGAGAUUGUGAUGAGGAAGAAGACGAUGAUAAAGAUGGAGAAACACUUAAAUCUUCACAUGAAAAAUCAUAAUUGGACUUAUUUUGAGACUGCAUAAGUGCAAGAGUUUGGAUUUUCUAUGUUGGCUCAUCAUCGUAAUGUACAUGUGGCAUUUGUAGCAUUCUUUAAAUCCAUUUACUGAAGUGUAUUUGACACCCAGCCAGUUAUAGUCAGCCCUUUGUUUUCUAGAAUAUUGGUACUAUUAUUAGUACAGUCUAAAGCCAUUGCUCAGUUUUACCCAUUUGAUAAUUUUAUAGUCAGUAGGACUCAUGUCGAUAGUUAUCACAGAUGCACUAUCCACAGUGACAUUUAGAUUAAGGGCAUUUUUGAUAGUCGUAUGGCUUUUUACUGUUAACUAACGAAAAUAACUGAAGAAACUACAUUUGAGAUGAUGCGUAGUUACCUAGCCAUUUCACAGUUUUCUUUAGAAUGAAAGAUUUAAACUCAUUGUUCUUGACAGUUAUGCUUUUGUUUUUCUUUAUGAAAUUAUACCAGGAAAUUCCUUUAAGAUAUUUGAGUUUUCAGGGAUCAAGAGCAUUGUGUGGAGACAAACCAACUAGUAACAGUGCAACAACAUUUUGAAUUUAGCUACAAAUUCUCCUUUUCCAACUUAGGAAAUCCAAGCUGAAUUAUACAUUUGAUACAGAGAAAGGUGGUCAUCUCCAACGGAGAGUGAAUAGCAAUGACUGAAGAUGAUGGCUCUUCCUUCUUCCCCACCUCCUUGUCAUAGCAAAGUGUAUUCUGUACAUAAUUUACAAAUAAAACAUUUUAUUUUAAUUGUUACUUAUUAUUUAGACACCUGUCAUCACUUAAAUAUAUAAAAUGAAGACCAUCUAAGGGUAUGUUUCAGAUAAAUGGAAGUUUCAUUAACCCACAGAACAUCUGUGAUCUUUCCACAACAACUUCAGUUUUGUGCCAACAUUCCAUAUAUUUGAAGCUGAGUAAAAACUAACCCUUUUUCAGCAGGAGCAGCUUAAAGUAGCUGCUCUUACGCCUUAGUAUUCAUUUUGAUUAUUUUAAGUCUUGACGCUUGGAAGUGAGGACUAUUAUCAGAGCAGUAGGCACUGCUGUGAAAGAGUUUACUGUUCUGAAAUGCCACUUAAAGUGCAUAGAAGAAAACCGAAACUCACUGGACUUGAAUUGCUUGAACCAGCUUUGCCAUUUGAUUUUAUGUCUGAUACACCUCAUUUACAAAUCUUAGAAAACUCAUGUUUACUUACAAGCAUUCCUUGGAGUCACAGACUGGUAGUGAAUAUUAAUUGAUUUUCCUUCGGAAUCAGAGCAUUUUGCUUUGCAGUUGAAUUAAGUGGAGUAUGUCAGUCUUUGUUUUUCAUCAGACUGUUUCCCAUUUGAGUAUAUUUGAUGACUUCUGAUUGUGAUAAAAUACAUUUUGUGUAUUGACACAUCUCACUGGACAUGGCUUGAUUGCUUGUUUAUAGUGUUCCCUGUGAGUGGACAGAAAUGUGACUAUUUGAUGUUAAUGCUACACUUACCAAGGCUGCAGUCAUUGUAAGAGUUUUCUCUUGGCAAAUGUUCAUUGAUUUCAUUGCCUGGGUGCUUUUCUCCCAACUACAGAGCGCUGCUGCGUCAUUUCCACAAGGAUGAGGAUAAUUACAGCUUCUUGAGCUCUCAAUCAUCAGUAACAUUAAUACCUAUUUGGGGUUACGGAAAUGGUACCAGAAGUGUUUUACCAAAAUAAAAUUAAUUUUGUUAACCGUUACUAUGAUGGUACCUAGCACUCAGUAUUUAUCUCAAAGUUAUUUAUAGUAUGUGUACUGUGUCUAGUCUUGAAACCAUGGUGCAUGGCAUACUGCAGUCAGCUGCUUGUUGAUGUGUGGAUUCUUACACAAUGUAAGUACAAAUCUUUAUAAAUAUUUGAUGGUCCCUGGGAGGAAUGUCAUUCUUACUGUGGUUAGAAAGUGAAUUGAAGAGCCAGGCAUGGUGGAGCACCUUUAAUCCCAGAACUCCGGAGGUGGAGGUAGGAUCACUAUGAGUUCGAGGCCAGCCUGAUACUACAUAGUGAAUGCCAGGUCAGCCUACUUUGAAAAACAAAAAAAAAAAAAAAAAAAAAAUUUUAAAGAAAUAAUCAGCUUUGUUUCCGUUGUAUUCUUCAAGGUUGAACACUUUAGACAAAUAGAAAAAUCAAAACACUUCCUGAUAUAGUCCUCAGAAGAAUAGCUGGCUGUCUUUGUUGGCUAACAUUAAAUGCUCUGUGUCAGGGCACAGAGAAUUGUUUACAAUAGCCAAUAAAGGAUGAUUAAAAUUAAAAAAAAAAAAAAAGGAUUUGCUAUGCUGCUGUAA